GAGCAAGGGGGCGCAGCGAUAGGAUCGGGCUGCGUCGCCCCUUCCGAGCCGCGAGAGGAGGAUGUCGUGAGGAAGCCGGAGCUGCUGCUGCCGCUUCUUCCCCCUCCUUCCCGCCGCCCACCUCUCCCGCGCGCGCAGCCAGCCGGGCCCGGCGCUCUCUCCGCAGCCACGUCGCGGUGUUGCUAUGGCUAUGAGCACCAUUCCGGCACCAAGCGGGCGCCACGUGACGCGCCCGGCGAUGGCUGCUUGGCGGGGAGCGGGGCGCUGAGCGGCGGCGGCGGCGGCAGCAGCAACCCCGCGGCACCUGGGCGCGCUUCCCCGCGCCGCCACCUCGGGCGCGCCAAAGGCAGCCUCGUCCUCCGCUCGCUCGCUCGCUCGCUCCUCCGCCUUCGCCAGCGCAGCCCGGGCCAAGCUUCCGAUGGACGGAGUUUCCUCGCCAGCCUCGGACGCUCCGCUAUGGUGGGUGCCGCCGCCGCCGCCGCCGCCUCCGGGGGAGAGGAGGGGCGGGCGCGCGCGGAGCCCGCUUGCGAGAGCGCGGCGCUUUUUGCGCGGGGAGCGCGGCGGGUGCGGGGCUGGCGCUGCAGUUGCUGCUGCUGCUGCUGCUGCUUUUUCUCGGUUAAAUUAAAAGAAGGACGAGAAUGCGGUGCAUUGGCCGGGCCUCGUCUGCACAUUCGGGCGGUCGUCUAGGCCAGCAGCAGCUGCGGCGGCGGCAUCUUCAUUGUGCGCUGCCAGCUGGCUUUGCCGCGGGGUGUUGCCUCGGAGGGCUGCUUGGAGGGGAGGGGGGUGUGCGCGCGGGCGGUUGCGUUGUGUACACACACAGGCGGCGGCGGCGGGGGGGGGGCACGGUACCAAAUGGGUUCCCUCAUCUUUGGGGGGGGGGGACACGGAGGGGCUUUUUGUUUGCGGGGCUUUAUGUAACGACGCGCCCGUCGCGCUGCCUGCUCGUCUACCUGUCAGGCGUCUCCGAAUCGCGGAGGCGGGCAGGGAAAGAGCUUUUCAUUCGCCCCCCCCCCCAGGCGAGGCGGUCUUGGGCCGAGGCAGAACUGGGUCAAGUGAGGAUGCAACUUAACUGCCCACCUUUUUUCUCAUCAGGCGCAGGUGCGGAUAUGGACACCUUUUGUCAUUCCCUGUUGCGCGCCGUGUUUCAGGCGGGGAAGGGCUCUGGAAAACAGGGCGGGGUGCAGUGGGGUGGGGGGCUCUCUGGAGCUGGGGCGGGGAUGGGGAUGAAGCUCUCUGGAUGCGCGCUCCGGGCCGGGGACGUGUUGAAGAGGAAUGGAGAAAUCAAGCCUUCUUUUCCCAGGCAUUGUCUUUCACCCCCACUCCCCCCGCCCUUCCCCUUUGUUCCGUUUUUAUCCCGGUUUCUUCAAGGGAGUGAAGGCUGCUGGGCCUCCUCUUUGAUAAACAACCCCUGGUGAAUGGAGGAGGCAGCCUGGUGAGACUGGCAGCUGCACCCAGAUUGGGGUGGGGGGAGGAGGGAAAUGGAUUGAUAUAAAAAUCUCUCUCGCCCCCACAUACCCAGGGGCAGGGAGCCACCCUGAAAGGUGAUUUUCUCUCUCACUCCCCAACCCCACCCAAUUGCAGUAGCUUUCUUCUCUUCUCUUCCCCAUGUUUGUUUUCCUUUUUCCUCCAUCGCAGUGGCAGUGGGCUGGGGCCUUUUAUCCUUAUUGUACAGGUGAGGCCUGUUGAAAUGUAAAGGCCCUGCUGUGUCCAAGGUCACGUAGGUAGAAGUGUCCAGAUGCAAUAGGGGGCAGGGCUGCUGUACACUUAAUGGCUAUGCAAAAAAAUAACCUUUUUAACAAGCAUGAUUUCUCAUCAUGACACAGAGGUGAGGAAAGCCAUGCAUGCUAAAAUUCCCCAUUCUCAAGUGGCAGAAAUAUAAAUUGAACCCCCCCCCCCUUAUAAUAUUCUUGUAAAGAAUCCGGUAAAAUGUGGACUAAACAAGGUAACUGUUAAGUGGAUUUGUAGCUGGUGGACUGACCAAACCCAAAGAGUAUUAAUUAAUGGUUCCUUGUCACCCUGGGAAAAAGUGACAAGUGGGGUGCCGCAAGGUUGUGUCCUGGGCCUGUUGUUGUUCAACGCCUUUAUACAUGUCUUGGAUGAAGGAAUUGAGGAGAUGCUCAUCAAAUCUGCUCAUGACACCAAACUGGGAGGGGUAGCUAACACAGAAGACAGAAUCAGAAUUCAAAAUGACUUUAACAGAUUGGAGAACUGGGCACAAGCUAACAAAAUGAAUUUCAGUAGGGACAAAUGUCAGGUUCUGCACUUAGGGAGGAAGAACCAGAUGCACAAAUAUAGAAUGGGGGACACCUGGCUUACUAGUAGUACAUGUGAAAAGGUUCUAGGCGUCUUGGUGGACCACAAGCUUAACAUGAGUCAACAGUGUGAUGCAGCAGCAAAGAAAAGCUAAUGCUAUUUUAGGCGGCAUCAACAUAGUGUCCAGAUCAAGGGAAGUAAUAGUACCACUCUAUUCUGCCUUGGUCAGGCCACACCUGGAAUACUGUUUCCAGUUAUGGAAAGUUAAGAAGGAUGUUGACAUGUGUCGAGGAGGAAAACCAAGAUGAUCAAGGAUCUGGAGACCAAGCCUUAUGAGGAAAGGUUGAAGGAGCUGGGUAUGUUUAGCCUGGGGGAAAAGCAGACUGAGAGGAGAUAUGAUAGCCAUCCUCAAAUAUCUCAAGGGCUAUCACAAAGAAAAUGGAGCAAGCUUGUUUUCUCCUGCUCUGGAUGGUAGGUCUUGAACCAAUGGCUUCAAGUUACAAGAUAGGAGAUUCCGACUAAAUAUCAGGAAGAACUUUCUGAAGGUAAGAGCUGUUUGAAAGUGGAAUGGUCUCCCUUGGCAGGUUGUGGACUCUCCUUCUUUGAGGGCUUUUAAGAAGAGGUUGGAUGGCCAUAUGUCCUGGAUGCUUUAUCUGAGAUUCCUGCAUUGCAGGGGGUUGGACCAGAUGACCCUUGGGUCCUUUCCAACUCUAUGAUUCUAAAAUUGGGUCCUUUGCUACUGGACUGCCCUCACUGGCUGUUCCAUAUUUGCUGGAUUAAAGCCUACCUGUGAUGUUGCUGUUCACAAAGGGUAAAUGCCUUGGCCUCCAUACUGAUGGUACCAGAAAAUAGACAUGGAAGAUCACCCCACCCCAACUGUUCCCCUGUGAUCUUUCAAGGCAUAUCCAGUAUUCCCAAAUCCUGUGGUGGUGUUUUUCCCCUACUAAAAAUCCAAUAAUGACUCAGUGCAGCUGUUAGGAUUGAGUUAGUAGUGUUUCCUUUAUGUUGCCUGGCCUGUGGUGAUGGAAAACUGUGUGGUUGGUUGGUUGUUGUCGUCGUCGUAGAGUUCUCAACUGUUUAGUUGUAGAGUUGAACUCAUUAUGAGCUGGGUUUGCUCCUUCAAGAUCCAAACCACAAGUGACUGCAUAGGCCUACUUGAUUUUUGUGUGAUCUCGGUGGGUUUUUGUUUUGUUUGCUCAGCUCUAGUGUAUUUGGAAAGGGUGGUGUGGUGAUCCCUAGUGACCUAUGCAGCAGGAAGAGAGUUGGCUCACCAUCUCUUGCCCUCACUCCUUCUUGUUUCCCCCUCCCCAAUUUGGUCCAGGCAAAAGCUCCAUGAAGACUUCCUGGACAAGGAAGCUUUGCAGCGCCUGGGAUCUCAGCAUUUAGGAACAUAGGAAGCUGCCUUAUACCAAGUCAGACCAUUGGCUGCAACCACCAGUCUAGCUCAGUAUUGUUGACACUGACAGGCAGGAUUUCAGGAGAGUCACCCAAGCAUGAGGGGUGGAACCUGGAGCCUUUUUCAGGCAAGGCAUGUGCUCUACCGCUGAGCUAUAGCCCUCUCCAAUAAAACUUACUAAUUACUUCAGAUAUUUAUAGCCUGCUCUUCAUGCCUACAAAGGGAUCCAAGAGCGAGUUACAACAUUACAUCCGUGAAAAUAUCCCCCUUACUUAGGUAGAGAUCCCUGCAAGUGAGAUUUGUACCUGGUCUACCCCCAGAACUGGAAGGAAAUCCAGGUUGAGUUGAGCUUGCUACAUAGACAGUUGUUGCAGAUUUGUUCAAGCUUUCGCAAAAUAGGUGGAAUGGUGGCUUUUUCUCACGAACCAACCAAUGUUCCUGCACGAUUGGCUUUGGAAAUGGUGAAGUAAGGAUCUCUCCCAGGCAAAGAAACUUUUGAUGAAUUGCAGCACCCCCCCACACGACGCCACCAAAAGCAUUUUCCAGCCAUGUCUGAGGUCAUCCAAGAGUUGCACCAGGAAGAGCUCCAGUCAGGGUGUCAGUAGACCUCUUCCUCUUCCAGGUCCGCGCUGGGUAUUCUACAUGUCCUUGUUGUCGUUUAGUCAUUUAGUUGUGUCCGACUCUUCAUGACCCCAUGGACCAGAGCACGCCACACCAGGGUAUUCUACAUAGCUCCCAGCAACUCUGCACAGUGAUAUGACCCUGCCAUCAUCCUUGGGGAUCGGUUUUCAGCUCUAUGGUGGGAAUGGGGAUCUCCUAACAAGUCUCAGUACCCUUAACGAACUCAAGGAUACUUGGGGGGAAGCCAUUAGGGGCGUCUUACCCAUAGAGGCUAGUGGCGCGGGGCACCAGGGCGCCACGUUCUGGAGGGUGCCAGGGAAGAGGCAGAGGCUGGACGCGGCAUCUCCUAGCAUCAGCUCGCCACCCUCGCCUGCCUCCGCCAUGCCACACCAAAGCAGCGCUGUGCCCGGAGCCUCCGUCUGCCGUGGCCACCGUGGCACGAAGCGGCCAGCUGAGCCAGGAGGCGCCAUUUCCAGCCUCUGCCUCUUCCCCGCGGGAGGAGCCACCCUCCAGCCACUGCCCGCCUCCUCCAGCCCCACCGGCAGCGCCGUCCUUCCUAAAAAACUAUUGGAAACCGGGGUGGGGGGUGGGGGGGCACCGACGCCGGAGGGAGCUUUGCACCAUGACGCAAGAUAUGCUUAAGACGGCCCUGGAAGCCAUGACUGUUUAAAGUGGAGCGAUACUGAUUUAAAUGUAUAGUGCAGAUGAGACAAUAAUAAUGCAGUAGAAUGGGGCAGUACUGAUGUAAUUGGGAGAAGGCUCUUAAGUGAUUAUUUUAAUGGUCUCUGGUAGCAGAACAGGCAAGGAUACCUUAGAAUGAGCAUUCAAAACCAGCUUCUGGGUUACAGAUAGGUCUAAUCUAACCACUAGCCCAUCUUAAGCUUUGUUCUUUGGGUGUGUAAGGAAGAGCUGUGGCCAGUACAUGAUGGUAAGGGCAAGUUCUACACACACACACACACACAGAGUGGCACCUUAAUUCCUUAUUGUAAUGCUAUUUUUGCAUUUGCAGUUUAAAAUGGUGUCACUAGCUCAUUUAAUAUCACACAGAAGUCAGAAUAUAUAUGUUGUAGUGAAAUAAGAAUAAAACUAUUGCAUAAAUUCUAAAUUUGGACUCGUGCUCUGAAGACAAAUUCGGGAGCGAAGAACUUCUGCAUCCCAAAAGGCUCAAUGAAACAAUCCUUUAUUAGGCCGAAUUUUACAAAUCACUAAAGCUGCAAUCUAAACACACAAGCAACUAACUCUCGUUGAACUUCAUAAGCACUGUAAGGCUGCAAUCCUGUAACCCUCUUAGUUGAGGGUGUUACCCCUUUAAACUCACUGGUAGACAAAGACAGGAUUGCACUUCAAGUGCAGAAGCAGAUGCUGAUCUGCCCUAAUCCUUUCCAGUGCAAUCCUGUGCAUGGCUGAGUUCUGCGUGGUUUACUUCCAGGUAAGCGUACCUAGGAUUGCGCCCAAAAGGAAAAUGGAAAUGCCGGGGUAAUGUGAGGCAAAACGGCAAUCUUAAAACUCACUAGGUAGUGAGACACAUUGAACUCAGGAGGAUUUGCUUCUUGGCAGCAAACAGGCAAGACGAAAAGGUUUUUUGGGAUAUUGAAGGUGAAGGCCUUGUCUCAGGAUCGAGGAAGCGCUUGCCCAGACUGCUUCUAGAUGGAGCGCCGCGCUCGGGCGCAAGAAGAGAAGCUCGUCCGCGGCAGCUAAAAAUAUCGCGCAAUUUCCCUCUCGGCGCAGCCGCGACCUAACCCGUCCCCUUCUUUCCCUUUGCAGUUUCUGAUUCGCAGCUCAGCUGAACUCCCACAUCCGGCUGGUCCUCGCGCUCAGCCUCUCCCAUGGGCUCGCCAGGUACGGUGCUGCGAUCUCCGGCGCGGGGGAAGGAAACCUCUCUCCCUCCCUCUCUCUCUCUCUCUCUCUCCCUCCCUCCCUCCCUCCCUCUCUCUCUCCCCCUCUCUCCCUCUCUCCUCUUGGGGUUCUUUUGUGUCCCACGGACGUGAAUUCCACAUCCCCCCAUUUCUAUGGCUCUGGAGAUUAGCUCCAAAGGCCCCUUGUCGCCCGUAGGGGUUCAUCCUGCCUGAGGCCUCGACGCAAAAGCACCCCUCUUCUUUCUGGGUAACUCCGGGGAAGGGACCAAAUCAAUUGCCCCUUAGCGUCAGGGCAAAGGUGAUGGUGUCCUCUCUUUGGGGUGCUAUGAGCUAAUCCUCUGCAUGCCAGAUUAGGAAGCGUUCUUUUCCACCCAGAGAGAAGCCCCCCCCCCCGAAUUAACAAAGGAAAGGAGCAGGUAAGUUGCAUGUGUGUCCAAGGGGUAAACUGGCAGGAGUGGCAUUCCAGAAUCCCUUAGUUAGGACUAAUGGAACUUUCACGAAAUAGUGAGCAAGUUUUUGAGGCCACUAGAAUACUCCACUGGGCAAGGCAGGGGUUGAGGGGGGCGGGGAAACUGGCUUGGUUUUGGAGUAAUAAUGAUUGCAUUGGUCAAAAUUAGAUUUUUGGUUGUAUAGUCUUGGGGUGUAUAGUACAUGGGUAUGAAGAUUGCCUGAACAUCAAAAUUUAACACUAUACCACUGCUGCGUGGUUCUGAGAACAUUUGUGUGUGUGUGUGCAAGAGAGAGAGAGAGAGAGAGAGAGAGAAGGCAACAGGCAGACUUGCUAUUUUCCCUCUAAACUUUGGGAAGGUAACUGUGCACAUCUCCCAUGUGUCACAUCCCCCCCCCCCCGCUUUUAGAGGGCAAUGUGCUCUUCUUCAUAUCCCAGACAUUGCUACAAGAGUUGGCAACCUGUAGCCCUCCAGAUGCCAUUGGACUCCCAACUCCCACCAGCCCCAUCCAGUAUGGUCAAUGGUCAGGGUUGAUGGGAAAUGGAGACCAGUAACAUCUGGAGGGCCACGACCAGUGGCCCAUCUCUAACCUCCUGGUCAUGCCAAAGAGGUGUAUCUUGAGUCUAGUUGGAUGAAGGUGGCUGAUUAUUCUAACACAGCCUUUGCCAGCCUUGUGCCCUGCAGAUGUUUUUGAAUGUAACUUCUACCAACUGCUGCUAGAUGGUCUGGCUGAUGGGCUGGUUGUAGUCCAUAACAUCUGCAGGGCACAAGGCUUGCAAAGUCUGCUUGAACAGGUUAAUUUAUUGUGAGUGUGUAUUUGUCUGGGAACAAGAGUUGAGUUCUGCUGUUGGUUCCGGGGUUUCAGUCUGCCUAUGAACUGUUUUUAAUGCCCAGUUUUGAGAGUGUGGGGUGGUGAUGGCGAUUUAUAAAAAUGUUUGCUUGGAGGUAUUAAAAUGAAAACUCCAAAGUGCAGAAAAAAAUGGGGCAGUGGAGUAGAACGUAUAACUAAAAUUAAUGUACUGAUUCAUUUUAAAUGUAAAGCCCAGAUGCAGUGACCACCAGCUGGAUAGGGGCCACUGUGUAGAAAGAAGACCGCUGCAAAUCAUAGAUGCUGGUCAUAAUGUUUCACACUUGUCACAAUUCUGUUGCAAUUUCACCAGAGUUUUGUUAAAUCCUUGCUUUCAUGGCUGCCUUGCCAGCUGAUUAUUACUCUCCAUGUAUUUUACAUGGCAUUCUUAACUGUAUGUUAUUCUGAGAAUUUCUAUGCCGCUCUUCAGAAAAGCAGGGGGGGGACGCCAUCAACCUCGGGGUGGCAUACACUAAAAUCACAGGGUCCUUUAUCCCAUUCUUCCUGAAAACAGCUAUCUGUAAUUGAGCAUUUAUUCACUAAAAAAAAAAAAAAGAUGGGGAAAUGGACGAGGGUAAUCCUAAUUCAGGGGUCAGUAAACGUUUUCAGCAGGGGGCCGGUCCACUGUCCCUCAGACCUUGUGGGGGGGGGCGGACUAUAUUUUUUUGGGGGGAAAUAAACGAAUCCCUAUGCCCCAUAAAUAACCCAGAGAUGCAUUUCAAAUAAAAGGACACAUUCUACUCAUGUAAAAACACGCUGAUUCCCAAAUCGUCCAUGGGCCGGAUUGAGAAAGCGAUUGGGCCGGAUCCGGCCCCUGGGCUUUAGUUUGCCUACCCAUGUCCUAAUUGAACACAGCCUUAACAAGGCUAGGAUUGGACUCACUCUGAAAGGGAAGGGAAUUCUCAGUGGUACAGUUAAAUCAUUUCAGACUCCAGGCUUGUAGCCCCCAGUCUGGGUUUAAUGAUCUGGAGGAGAGGGGAUGGUAAGGUGUAUUACUUACAUUUUAAAGUGAAUUCAGUAAGCAAGCCCUGCUGCAUUGGGGGGUGGCCUUCCUACCUAUUCUCCUGAGCGGAGCCCUGGUCUUCUGCCCAAUGGCCCUGCCUUGAGGGCACCACUUGCCACUGCCAAAGACACACCCAGUGAACUUGUGUCCGAUUCUGGAGAUUGUUAGACUCCCAGGCACCAAAAUUCCAUUGUAACCCCUUCAGGCCCAGGAAGAGUAGGGGAUGCCUAGGGCAAAUGGCAGUGGAGGCAGAUUUAGCAAGGGCACUGGGGAAGCCACUUCUCUGCUAUUCGGCUUUGACUGUGUUAGGUAAUUCAGGGGCUGACUCCACCAUGCAUGGCUUCUGUGCUUGGAAUAGAAGUCCUGGGCCAAGGGACUACAUAAGAUAAGCCUGCCUAGAUCAGAUGGAUGUGGUCCAGCAUUCGGCUCUCACAGUAGCCAGCCAAAUACAGAUGGGAGGCCUGCAAGCAGGAUAGCACACUUUCCACACAUCAUAACAGGAACAGCUUCAGGGGCAGCAGUUUUAUUUUGCUUCUUAUAUUCUGGGAAAUGACAAAUUCAACGUCCUCUGGCCACUUACCUCUUUCCUCCAGCAUGCAUAGUAGGUAUUUGAUGGCUGCCUAAUUUUAGUUACCGGUAAGUUUUGUCUAUUAUUCAGGGUCAUUCUCUUUCAUACUUGUGGCUGUUAUUUAUUAAUUUGUGGAUCACCUUCCACGUGCAUUUCUCAAGGCACCACAGCACAAAAAGAACAGAGUGUAGGUUUCGAAACAUCACAGAAUGAACAUUUAAGCAGAGGCCUUUUUAUUUAGCUUGUUGAAACAAAAAUAGUUUCAAUUUUUUCCAGAAAGUACAGCUAGUGGGCACCUGUCGUGUCUUGACAGGAAAACUUUCCCACAGAACAGAGGGAGCCACACUAGCAGUAACUCUUCUGAGUUCCAUUGGAGCAGGCUUCUGAUAUCUGAUGUGGGGAGCUUGAAGGAAAAACUCCCCUGUGGAACUCAGUGACUUACUGGGCAUGUAAGAGAUAAGGCAGUCUCUCGAGUAACCGGGUCGAUCUGGAUGAAACAGUAAAGCUGCCUCUGUCUUAUCACAUACUAAGGGCAGUUAUGUCUAAGAUGCCUGGCUACCCCAGGGUGCCCUGUGAGAAUUGUGCUGGAGAAAUCAGUGAAAGACAUCAAAACAACAAUUAAAAACAACAAAUUAUGCUGACAUUAUAGAAAGAUAGGGAACAACUCCACAAUGUCAAACAUUUAAAAAGCAGCAUUUUAUGCACUUGAAAAAGCAAACUUUUUGCAGGUGUUCUUUCAGUGGUAAUUUAUAUAUAUAUAAAAAUAAUACAACGAUAACCCCAUUUCCAGAUGUUUCAAAAACAGUUUAUAAGAGAACAAGCUGAACUUUUUGAGGAUGUCUUUUGAAUAAAUAUGCUUGGGGUUGUAAUAUACUUUGGCUAUUAAGAGCUGGGUAUAUUCCACCUCCUCUGUCCUGUUAGGCUGUCUCUCUGGAUUCCUCUCCAAGAUGAUGUCUCUCAAGAGGCUUUGAAAUCUUUUUUUACUAAUCUUUUAUUCCUCAUGGAUUGCUGGUGGGUUCUAAUUACCCAGUAAUGCUCUGCUUAAGCUUGCCAAAUGCCCCUUAAAGGAGUAGAUAGUACAGAUUUAUUUUGAAAGGCUUGUUGGCCAUUUCAGAACAAGAUCAUAAUGGAUGUCCUUUAUUUCAAAACCCUGCAGUCUUUAUAGUUUAAUAGUUGAAUGCAUGGGACAAUGUCCACUUGCACAGUGGGGUACUCUCCCCCCUCCCCUACCUCUGCACCACCAAAAUGUGCUCUGGGGGGUUGGGGGAACCCCUAGAACAGGUUUUGGCAGCGCACUUGGGAAGGAGAGAGGGGGCAGAGUCCUGUUGCACAAGUGGCUCUCGUUCCAUGCAUGCAUACCCCACUCAGCCCAACAUUGAAUUCUACCCUUUGUCCCAAAGUCAGGAGGAAAGCCAUGUCUUAUUGUGCAGCUGAUGCUUUAAACAUUUGACUGCUUUCCACACUAAUUGACUAGAAGGAAGUUGCACUGUGGGAACGGCUGGUCACUUGCCACAAAGUGGAAGUGCUCUGUCCAUGACUCAGUAUCCAGGGAAGACCCACAGCUUUGCAUGGGGAAGGCAUUCGAUUCAAUCCCUCCUGGCAUUUCCACUUAAAAUAUAACCUGGGAGCAGACAGGCCUCUGCUUAAGACCCUGUAGAGCUUUUUGUCAGCCAGGUGGUGCAAGGCCAGAUGGCAAAGAGUGUGACCUUGUGAAAGGCAGCUCCCUGUGUUUGUUAUGUCUCUUACCCUGCAUCUUCAUGGACUCAGAGAAAUCAGGGUGUGGGGGGGUGAUAGGAAGAACAGCAACACUGUGCAGCAGUAGGCUGGUCUUGAAACAAACAAAAUCCAGGCAAUCCACUAUAGCUGUAACCGCUUAAAUCAGGGAUGGGGAGCCUGCAGGCCUCAGACAUUACUGGACUUCCAAAUCCCAUCAUCCCUGACCACUGGCCAUGCUGGCUAGGAAUGAUGCAAACUGAAGCCCAACAAGAACGUGUGUAGGUUGCCUCCACCCCCCGGGGGCUAAGUCUUCUGUCAGGGCAGAACUGCACAUGAUGCAUGCAUUCAUCCCUUUCCUCUCCCCACCCGCUUCAUAAUAGUAAAACGAGCUGUUAAAAUCCUGGGUUCCCCCAACCUAGUUAGAUUUCUGAUUAUUCAAACAUUCUGGGAGUGCUUGACACAGGGUUGUAUUAAGAUGGGAUUAGGUAGUACGGAUGUGUUGAAUCAGAACAAAGACGAAGGGAUUUUGAAUAUCUGGGGGUCUGCUAAUGGGUUUCUAGUAUAUGUCAUGCUCAGCAAAACCAAAAAAACUUUUAUCAGAGCAGACCAAUAACAGCCUUCAAGUCCUGACCAGCUUUGUUCCGAUGAUGGGAAGGGCUGAAUGUGAGUGUCUGGUUGUCUUUAAUCCUGCCUGGAGCCACUUUCUGCAGCUUUGAUGACUCUCUUCUUCCUUUCUCUCUCUCUCCAGUAUCGUUUGUUUUAUCCAGGAUGGCCGCUUGCGGAGGCACCACCAAGAACAGGCUCACGGUAAAUAAACACGUCUGGGACUUCUUGACCAAGGAAAGCCCAGCCAAGCUGGUUAAGCUGAAGGAGGAGAACAAGGUCGGCAUCUUGAUCGAUGGCGAGACCUCCGAGAUCUACGUGCUGCAGAUUACUCUGCCUGCUCACGGGCCGAGCAACGGCCUCUACCUGGCCCGCAAAGCCCUCAAGGCCCUGCUCAAGGAGACGGAGAAGGAGCUGAAGAAGGCCCAGCGCCAGAGCGAGCUGAUGGGCUGCAUGGCCUUAAUGGAGAAGAGCCGAGAGCACGGCGCUGUGGAGCUUCACCGCCGAGGGGCUGCGUUGAUAUCCAGAGGGCAGCAGACCUCCGGGUCCAGAGUGGUCAGUGGCAGCGGAGGUGUGGCCAGCUGCUCGCGGGGAGGGGAGGAGGAACAGGACAGCCAGUGCCCCAUCUGUUUGGGGGAGAUCCAGAACAUUAAGACUCUGGAGAAGUGCAAGCACUCCUUCUGCGAGGACUGCAUCACUCGGGCCUUGCAAGUCAAGAAGGCCUGCCCUAUGUGUGGGCGUUUCUAUGGGCAGCUGGUGGGCAACCAGCCGGAGAACGGGCGCAUGCUGGUCUCCAAGGACUCAAGCCUGCUCCUCCCUGGCUAUGAGAAAUAUGGCACCAUCAUCAUCCAGUAUGUCUUCCCACCUGGCAUACAAGGAGUAAGUAGGGUCUCUGUCUGUAUUCAUGGCUGUUGUUGUGAGGGCCAGGGAAGUGUUGUCAGGGGGCGCAUUCACUGCACUGAGACACAUUGUGGCACAUGCGGUGGAGGAGAGGGCACCUAGUGUCAGGGCAAGGGGCAUGUUUUGUUCCCCCCACAGCGGUACCCCCACAUACACUGUUUAUAUAUAUAUAUAUCCUCAUAAGUGAGUCAACUAUUUGCUUUUGUGGGUCAUGCUAAAAGGGGUUUCUGAGAAGCACCAUUGGGAUGGGAAUCUAAACCUGUUCCUGGUUGCCCCCUUGUUACUUGGAGGAAGGCAGUUUUGCCCCCCACCCAGCAAUACCGUUUGCAGCCUUACUUUGCUCUAUAGAGCUUGAUGGCAAUUGGCUCUGCUUCUGUCUGUGCUGCCCCCCAUCCCACACACUUAAUAUUUCUUGACUGCAAUCCUGGGCACAGUCACAUGGGAAUGAGACCUGCUAAAUUCUGUGUAAACUUGCAUAGGAUUAGUCACCUAUUAUCAUUGUCUGAGUGGGAGAGCAAGGCCAAACUCACUGGCUCUCUCGUCCGGUGUUGUGUUGGCUGCCAGCCAGCCCAGCCUCCCUGCUGUCCUCGUGUUGUGUCUAAAGUGGGGCGCCUGCUGCAUUGGCGUAGGCACAAUUUAAGCCCCUGAUUGCUCAGACUCCUAAAUCCCACAAGGGCAUACAGAGCAGGCUUUCUGCUUCUGAUUUCCCUAACCAAUGCGUGGAUUGUGACAGGGGUGUCAUCCGCACUCUACAUUUAAAGCAGUGUCAUGCCACUUUCAACAGUCAUGGCUUCCUGUGAAGACUUCUGGGAGCUGUUGUUUGUUAAGGGUGCUGAGACCAAUAUUCCCCUCAGGGAGCUAAAAUCUCCAGAGUUCCCUCUUCAAGUGUUUGUUAAGCCACUCUGGAAAUUGUAGCUCAGUGAGGGGGAUAGGGGUCGCCUAACAAACUACAGUUCCCAGGAUACUUUAGGGGAACCCAUAACUGUUUAAAGUGACACGAUUCUGCUUUAUUUGUAUAGUUCAAGUGGGGCCAGAGUGGGAACCGCCAGCAAGCACAGCCUUGUGUUCCUCUUCACACUGGGGAUAAUUGUAGGUGCUACUAACAUGCAAAACGGGCUAUAGUGACAGGAUUCCCUCUUCCUGAUGACUCUUAGUUCUGUGGGAGCUGGAGUGAUAGGAAAAUUCAGGGUGUAGAGACAAUAUGAGGAUUUGAGAGGAGCCUUGAAGCUGGACAUUGGAAGGGGAUGGGAAAAGAAAAACCUUUGAGUGGGUUGCAUGUAGAUUGAAGGUGAAUGGUGUCUUCUCCUUCCUGGAGGGGAGCUGAGAACAUAGGGUACAGCAGUGUUUCUCAACCAGGGGCCAUAUGGCCCCCUGGGGGCCCCAGGAUAUUCCAAGGGGGCCCCAGGUGAAAAUAUUGUAAAGGGAGGGCCAUUGCACAAGACUAGGGGCCUACAGAGGGAAGUGAAGAAAAAAGAGAAGUGACUGAGAAAAGAAAACAGAAAAGAGAAAAGAAAGCAGAGAAGUAGAGUGAACAGAGAAGUGACGGUGCCUCCCAGCAGAUGGAUUGCCAAAGUAAGUGCAUGUGGCGAUCCAGGCAGCCAAAGUAACUUUCAGUCAAGAAAAACACCAUUUUGGGAUAAAGAGUACAAUAUCUAAAAAGUUUCCAAAGCUUUGGGAUAAAGCAAAAUGGUUUUUCUUUUUUUCUUUUUUCUUUAAAAAAUUUUUUAACCACACAAAUAUUUUAUUAUUAAAAUAAUUCAACAUUAAUACAUACAUAUUAUGAAUAUACAAACAUACAUUUCAUACAAUCCUUAAAAAUAUUCAUACAUACCCACACUCAAUCCCACAGAUACUUCCUUUACCAAAAUGGUUUUUCAUGGCAUUUCCUACUUUGUAUUUGGUAGAAUCAGGUGUGUGGAAUUUCAUGAGUGUGCCUGAGGACAUGUCUCUUAAAAUUUUAUAUUUUAUUGAGUUUUCACAGUGUCUUCUCUUCAGGUUCCCAGUAUGCAAAUGGAAGCUCUGUUAUUAGCAGCUGUUGUGUUUGCUACUGGAAUAAAAAUGCUUGUUGCAGUCAGUGGAGGAUAAUAUAAUAAAGUCCCAGAGUUGGUCAGGUGAUUUUGGACCAUGGACUUAAUGGUCACACCAUCCACAGAGUGGAGCCUCUUUUAGAUGGUAGGGUGUGUUUGAGUGUUCCCAAAUGUGACUGCUGCAUUUGUGGGCCUUACUGCUGGCUCUGCUAAGUGGAUCCCUGCCCUGCUGGCACCAAUAUAAAGUCAUUUUUAAUGGUAUAUGUUCAAGGUAUAGUUUCUCCCCCUGCAUUAUUUCUGUCGAUCCCAGUGAACUCUCUUGAUGGUAUGUAGAAUGCAAAUGUGUAUUCCUUGAACUUUGGAAAAUGUGCCAAAUAGUGUUUUUUUACUGCCACCCAAUUAAUUGUUGUUCAUUGCAUUUAUAUUCCACCCUUCCUCAAAGGGACUUAUAUCCGCACAACAGCCCUGUGAGGUAGGAGUGAGCCUGGGAGAUGGUGACUGGUAAUGAGUCUCCUCUCAGUGGGCUGCGUGGCUAAGGGGAGGAGUCGGAGACCAAAGCUGGAGGUUCAGUCUGCCACAUCCUCCUCGCUCUCAUUCUGUGUGACUGUUCAGCUGCCCUGAUCUUAAUUACUGUACUUUUCGCCCUAUAGGGUGCACCUAGUUUUUUUGGGGGGAGGGAUAAAGGGGGAAAAAAAAUAUUUUCCCCCCCCCCAGGCGCAGGGCUGGGGCGGGGGAAGCCUGACCUUCCCCCGACCCCAGCCCCCAGAACAGGCUGCUAUCCGCAAGCCUUGGGAGCCCGGCAGGAACUCCCGCCGGUCUCCCCAGGCUUGCGGAUAUCUGCCCGAAGCCUGGGCACGCUCUGCUGCGCGCCACAGGCUUCGGGAAGCAGGCUGCUGUCCGCAAGCCUUGGGAGCCCAGCAGGAAGUCGCGCAGCUCUCCCACGGCUUGCGGAUAGCUUCCUGAAGCCUGGAGAGGGAGAGGGGUCGGUGUGCACCGACCCCUCUCGCUUUCCAGGCUUCAGCAAAAGCCUGCAUUCGCCCCAUAGGAUGCACACACAUUUCCCCUUCAUUUUUGGAGGGGGAAAAGUGCGUCCUAUAGGGCGAAAAAUACGGUACAUGCACCUGGUCCCAUGCGCAUCCCGAUGCAUUCAUGGAGUGCUGCAUUGUAGCAGAGAAUGAAAUCCUGCUUUGAAAGUGAUAAACAGCCCAUGUUUUGGUCUGCCCUCUUGCUCCCCAAAAAAUCUGGUAGAAGAUUUAAAAUUGUAGCUGAGGUGUGUCAUUUUCCCGCCUGCUGCUGCCUUCAAGAAUCCCAAAAAUCUUAGAUUUCUGCAGAGGACCAAGAGGCCUCGGUGGAAGCAGGGUGAUCUAAACCAUGGUCAGCAGGCUCAGGAUUAGAGCAGGCAUUUGUCCCUGGCUUCCCAGCCCUUCCAGUUCACCAACCUUCUUAGGUUAACAAUGGAUUCUCCUUGCCAUGCCUGGCUCACCUUUUGCAGGUGGAGCACCCCAACCCUGGCGUCCGCUACCCAGGCACCACUCGUGUGGCCUACCUGCCCGACUGCCCCGAAGGCAACAAGGUGCUGGCGCUGUUCCGCAAGGCCUUUGACCAACGCCUCACUUUCACCAUCGGCACCUCCAUGACCACAGGCCGAGCCAACGUCAUCACCUGGAAUGACAUCCAUCACAAAACCAACUGCACCGGUGGACCGCAGCUGUAAGGACCUGUCAUGGAGUAGUGGGGUGGGGGAGAGGGAGGGGGGAUAAGUAUGGUGGCAUUGAAGGUUGGGUCACCAAGGGCAGGUGAGUACUUUAGAGGCUGCUUGGAAAAGGGUUCGGGUUCUCAGCAAGCUACUCCAAGAACCAGAACCGUGGGGUUAAGAGACAUUACAGAGUCCUCAGGAAGCUGGCAGCAAUAAGCAAGAGCUUUCUCUGGCUCCAUUAACAUUCAUCUUCUGUCACAUGACCACUCUGGGACCCUUUUGCUCAAGGUCCAGGUGCGUAGUUGGUUUUCCUGAACCCCAGAGAAAGAAGGAUGGGAGGUUCCCUGGGGGCUGAGUUUAUGCCCCUGAUAUGCUAGUUUUCUCUGGGCAGUGAGUCCUCCCCACCCCCUCCCCACAGUUCCCCAUGCUCAGUCAGAAGUGUUAAAUCUGGAAAAUCACUGACCUAAGUGGUAAAACUCAGCUAAAUUGCCAGGGCCUUGAAAUAAGUUUAUGACAUUUGAUCUCCGUUUCCCACCAGGUUUGGCUACCCUGAUCCUACAUACCUUGCUCGGGUGCAAGAGGAACUGCGGGCCAAGGGCAUCACCAAUGACUGAUCUUGCUCCCUGCCACUGUGUCUCCAGGAAUGGUGUGUUGUUUCUGCCUGGUCCAGCAAUUGUGGAGAAAGCGUCCUCAUCUCUCGGAGCAAACCGUCUCACAGUGUGAUCUUGACCCAGGAUGCAAAGUGCUGGGCAUUCUGAGAUGACAUUUUGAAUGGAAUUUCUUGCUGGAAGGAGUUGGGAACAGAGGCAUGGGGAAGAAGGCUGUGUUAGAGACCUGCAUUUGAAUUGGCUGGGUUAGAAAGUUCAAGUCAAUCUGCACAUUACACAGAAUGAGUGAGUUGGUAGAGUCCUGGACUGUACCACUUCAAAAUGCUUGCAGGGAGGGGUUUUGUUUUUAUUUGAUGACAAUAUGUUGUGUGGGUUUAAAUAACAUUAAUAAUAACAAACUCCAUGUCCAGGCAUGUAAUAAACAAGCAUGUCAGGAAGAGAGCUACAGCAAAAUCUUUCCCCCUGAUGUGCUAGACCGCUGCAUUUAUUUGUUUAGAAGAAUUUAUACUGCUUAAUCAAAACUCUCCUAAGUGGUGUACACAAACAGUGUGAAAUAAUUAUCAGUGAUAUACAGAUAAAAUUAGCAUAAAUUUAAAAACAAAUACAACUAAAUUAUAUGUUGGGAUAGGCUUGCUGCUUUUAAAAGGUGUUUAAAACAGUGUAAUGACGGUACUUGCCUAACGUUAAUACAAGCAGGUUUGUUGGUUGUCUUACAUGGGAGAGCACUCACAAAUAAGAUCCCCACUGGCGCCUGCAGCCUGUAGUAACACAGUCCAGAAUUCUACCACUGCAUCUUGCAUCAUAGUAAUUUCAUUCCUUGGACCAAAAUAGAUGUGAUGAAGGGCCCAUAAUGUUUUAGGUUUGUUCCUGUGUUUGGACCAUUCACAUUUCAAGAGGGGGGUUGUUUGUUUGUUUGUUUGUUUGUUUGUUUGUUUGUUUGUUUACUUACAUCAAAGAGAGCAUGCUGAUGAGAAGAGCCAAGCCUUUCCCGCCUCAUGCUUCAGGCAUUUUUUACUUCAGCCAGGGUUGAUUCUGGUAAUAACAGCCAGGCUGGAAGAAGAACUUCAGGGAGCUUAGCCACAGAUCACAGUAGGGUUCUGCCAUGGGUGGAGCAACGACCCCCCAUCAAGUAAAUAAAUAAAAAUACUUAACUAGCUGACCAAUCGCGCCACAGGUAGCUCAGUUCUGCCCUCCCCCCCCAACAUAAAUCCUGGCUACACGCAUAGGUUCUGCUCUGCACACCAUCUGUGUGUCCCUGUUGAUGUUAAAAUUAGACCUCUGCAGCCCUGUUUCUAUUAUGUUGGCCUUGAGUAGGUUUGGGAGGAAAACUGCUGGUGUGAGGAAGACGCACCCAUGAAAAUUGGAGUGAAGUGAGAGCAGUGUGUAUAUCUUUUUGAGAAAAAUUGGUGGCUUACCCAGAGUGUCCAUGGCAGAUGUUGGAUUUUAAAUCCAGAUCUCCCACCUGUGAGGACAUUGUUAUAUCCACUAGAUCACACUGGAUCUCAUGUUCCUACUAUGGGCAAGGGGUGGGGUUCUGUUCUUCCCAUGAGGAUGCCAAAAUAAGGCCAAAAUCCUCUCUGCACCUUCAUUCCACUCCCUCUGUGCCCUCUAGCUCGCUCGCAGAAUUUUUAACACUUUUGGGACUGCCUAUUAGAAUAAAAUUAAACAAAAUGCACUUGUAGAAUUUGUAUCAUUUGGGCGCAGAAUGUAUAGUCCCUGGGGUUUGGCUUGGAGUGAGUGGGAAGGAGAAUUAGCAUGGAUUUGUUUUGGGUAACUGAUCAACGCUGGAGAAAGAGGCCUAUGUGCUGGGACCUUUCGUACACAGCCUCUUGUUCCUUUCAAACCCCUCGCUAGUCAGUGAGCAGCUCUGGCAUCUUGGCACCCCACCCACCCAUCAUUCCUUGUGCUGCUGUCUCCAGGAUCAGCAUCAACCCCAACUUGGUGGAACUUUCUGGAAACAUUGGGACUGUCCUUUCAUGUCGACGUAGAAAGCAGCGGCUCCUCGACUCUGGGCACAGGCGACAUGCCCACCGGCCCUGUGCAGAGGAUGGGUGGCAACGUUCGUGGACCAUGCCUUGUGUGUAUAUAUAUACAUAUAUACCUUCUGUGCUGGCAUAUCAGCUGUUGUGUAAUUAUUCCAACCAAGUCCUGUUUGGGACAAAUCGUGUCGUUUGGGACUUGGCCAGGCCUGCUGACCCUUGCUGGCCGGCCUGUACGCUCUGAACUUUGGCGCCUACCUGUUGUUGAGUGUUUGCGGGAGGGUGGGGGACAUCUCUUGGCUAAAGGUGAGCCUGUCGCCUCUGGCAGAGACAAAUUCCAAGACUGUCUCCUACGGGUGAGAGCUCCCCUCAGAUGCGCAGUUUGGACAGUGGGGCUUUCUUUGCUGUUUUAAAGAGUUACCUGAAAAUACGACACUUGUUCUCUUGAUCUUUUCUGAAAUUAUGUGUUGGAGUUGUGCUUGUGUUUAUUAUUAUUUUGAUAAGGGGGUGGCAUUUUUUCUCUUCAGCCUCGCUAAUAAGUCUGCAAGGACCCACAGUGCUUCUUACCCUGCCUUAUUAUUUAAUUACUGCCCUUCACCAUGGUGACUUACAUUUUCAAGCAAUGUAAUGUACAGUCUGAUAGACAUAACAGAAACAGGGAGGGGAGAUGGGGAAGGGCAGUUCCAGGUAUCAAUUCUUGAAUAACAUCGCAUUGAUAGAACAAUCACAGACGGAGGCAGUUCUGGGAGGGGAGGGACCCAAACUACAGUCCUAAGUAAGCUGAUGGAGAUUGGGCCUUGCCUAUUGCCUCCCAUAUCUGAUAUAGCAGCAGCUUUUAAGCAAGAACUGGUUCUUUUUCAGUUUUCAAAACGUUCCUUGCUUGUUCAGCUGGAG